CGCUUAGCCUAGCUGGCUCCCUCGGGUUGGUUGAGAGUAGCCAUGGCUCGACUUGCUGCGCUACUGCUCUUAUCGGUUUUCAUAGAAUCGGUGUUUUCAAUUUCUUUCUUUUUACCCGUCAACUCAAGGAAGUGUCUACGGGAGGAGAUCCAUAAAGACGUUCUCGUCACGGGGGAAUACGAAAUAAGUGAACAAUCAAACACGAAAACUAAUCUGAAGAUCACAGAUUCCUCUAGCCACACUCUUUACUCAAAGGAAGAUGCAACAAAGGGGAAGUUUGCAUUCACUACAGAGGACUAUGACAUGUUUGAGGUGUGCUUUGAGAGCAAAUCUCCUAUGGGAACUGGGAGGGUCCCUGACCAGCUGGUCAAUCUGGACAUGAAGCAUGGUGUAGAGGCCAAAAACUAUGAAGAGAUCGCCAAGGUGGAAAAGCUGAAGCCUUUGGAAGUGGAGCUGAGGCGACUGGAGGACCUAUCGGAGUCCAUCGUCAAUGACUUUGCUUACAUGAAGAAGAGAGAGGAGGAGAUGCGGGAUACUAAUGAGUCAACCAACACACGUGUGCUGUACUUCAGCAUCUUCUCCAUGUGUUGUCUCAUUGGCCUGGCCACCUGGCAGGUCUUCUAUUUAAGGCGCUUCUUCAAGGCAAAGAAGCUGAUCGAGUAGAGCAGCCCCAGCUCCUUACCUCAGGUGGACGCUGCCCAUCAGUCAGCAAACACAUCCCAACAUCCACCCUCCUUGGACAAGCUUCAGCAGACAACAGCAAGCGGGGUUGAGGGGCUCAGACUCUUGUUUUCAGGGCUGUGAGCAAAAGAAUACCAAGUUGUCUUCUGAAAAAAAAUGUUACACCUGCUUAUUUAGGAGUUUGAAACAUGAGAAGCACUGCAGGGAGAAAUGCACUAUGAGACACAGGAGACAUAUUUGAAUGCAGAAGUGGGGUGUGUCCUUUUCCAUAGUAUCAGGUUUCUUUCUGCACUGAUUUGAAUGUUGCAGCUUACUGAAUAAGAGCUUGUUGCUUCAAUCAGUUGAACGGUGAUGUGUGAUUUUCAGCUCUGUUUGAAUGGAUGUGCCAUGAGAGAAUGUCAUUUGCCCCUCUAUUGUACAAAAUCUUUGCAAUUCCAAGCAAACUACAUCCUUGGUGCCCUUUUAACAAGUGAAGGCUUAUUUGAAUAGCAAGGUGGGUUGUUGAAACCUUGAAGAGAGACUUGGCAACCACUGUUUUUGUGUUACGUCACUUAAUUUGCAUACAUAUUUGUAGCUAACUUUGACCAUGUCUUUAGUUUUAUCCUAUUGUAAAUGCUACUUAGUUGCUUCUACAGAUAUCGGGGGAAGUUGUAAGUUAUCAGGGAAAGAAAUAUCCGUUUAGUUACAAAUAAGGUCAUUUUCAUCAAUUCAUCCAUUUUUUUUAUUUUUUAUUUUUGUCAAGACUAAGAUGAUGUAAAUGUACUGUAGACAGUGUAAAUGUAUCAAAUACAUUUACAGCAUCAGUUGAAAUAGCCAGAAACCAAAAAAAAACCUUGUUCAAACUCUUUUCCACUUCAGGGUUUCCAAGGAAUUUACAGCUUCAUGUAUGGCUAUCAGUUAUUUCCAUGUCAGCCAUUUUCUAUGAUUUAGGUUGGUAAAUUAAUAAAACUCUGCCAGUUUGCUGCUAGAUAGCAGUGGGUAAAAAAUUCAAGGCAAAGAAUACGAACCUUCCCUUGCAACUGUUGUGUUGAAUCAUGCUUUAUUUGCGCACACUGACAGGCAAAAUUGGUUAUAAUUAUCGCUUCCAAAUUACAAUAUUUAUAGAUCCAUCCAUUGUGUGGUUUACUUUGAAAUUGAAUAAGACCGGGGGUUCAGGAAGAUAUGGGUGGUUGCAGAUAUUUCAGCUUGUUUUGUCGGGGUUUAAUUAAUGCAUCUGUCUAGGGUACAUUUUUAACUGAAACAUGCGCAUUGCGCGCAAACUGAUUUUUAUGUUGAUUGACAAUUUUGUAAAGGUAUGCGUUGGGCUUUUAUUCAAUAAAACGUCGGAUGGAUUUACAUAAGUGAUGAUGCAUGAUGUUUUUUUCUCCACUUUUUUUUUCAAUUAAAUUUGAUCAGAUUUGAAACUCCA